AUGGCAAAUGCAAACAAUUACUUAGAUCGUAUCGUAAAUGCUUCAUCCAUACUAACAACAGCGUCUACUAAUUACAACGUAUUGGGUGAUCGUAUUGGAACAAUUAUCUAUUCAAUAAUUUAUAUAUUGGGUUUUCUUGGUAAUACAUUUGCUCUUAUGACAUUUUCUAGUCGACGUAUGCGUCAAAUUUCAAGUAGCGUAUUUCUUCUUACAUUAUCAAUAAGUGAUAGUGUUGCACUUAUAACAUCAUUAUGGUUUUUUCUGGCUGAUGCCUUUUCAAUUCAGCUACAAAAUUAUUCAGCAUUAGCAUGUCGUUUUCGCACAUUUUUUGCUUAUGUUUUCAUGGAUUUAUCAUCGUGGUGUCUAGCAGGUUUAGCAUUUGAUAGAUAUUUACGUAUUCGAUUACCUAUAAAUUCAAAAAAUAUUUGUACACCACGUAAUGCAUUUAUAACGAUAUUAAUAUUUUUUCUUAUUUUAUGUGGUAUAAAUGGACAUUAUUUUUCACCUGGUAUUGGACAAGAGCCUAUUGAAAAUCGUACAGCACAUUGUUUAGAAAAUCGUGAGUCAUAUCCAAAAUAUUAUUAUUUUUAUAAAAUAAUUUGGCCAAAAAUUGAUAUGAUUAUUUUUUGUUUUUUACCUGCUUGUAUUAUGAUAUUAUGUAAUGUAAAUAUCAUUUAUCUUCGUAAAAAACAAUUGCAUCAGUUAGAAAAUUCAAAUAAUUAUGGAUCACAGAAAAAACCUACACAAAUAAAUAUUCAACAAACAUUAAAUGGUAUUUUACCGAUUCAAAAAUCAUUUAUAACACAUCGAAAAGCUAUGGAAAGACAAAUGUCAUUAAUGAUGGCAGCUUGUGUUAUUGUAUUUCUUUUUACAACAUUACCUGUAACAAUAUAUCUUAUUUUACUUGAACAACAUACUACAAAAAAUCAAAAUUCUGCACAAGACAAUGCCUUUUUUACAUUUGUAUUUCGUAUGCUUCGUGCUCUUAUGUAUAUUCAUUUUGCUUCAAAUUUUUAUUUAUAUUGUUUAACUAGUCGAAUAUUUCGUGCUGAAUUUAUUCAAACAAUAACAUGCCGAAAAUUCACUGUAACAUCAAAUUAUGAUCAAUCAACAAAUGUUGUACUUAAUAAAAUUUCUAAUUCAUAA